AUGAAAGGAAUCAUUGGAUCCGAGUGCUUCACAUCACAUCACCGAAUACAAGAAGCAGCCCGUCAGUCGCGGUAUAUAGACGACGACUUGACGACACCGCGAGCUUCAACCUUUGACGUACGGUCGGAGGGUGAUCACUUGCAAACAGCUUCGAUGACAUCGUCGAUUGUCGCGGAAAGCCAUGGCUCUUCCAAUACGUCACCGACCGAGAGUCGAAUUGAUGUGGCCAAUCCGUCUGAUGUCACAAGUACACCAAAACCAUUCCGAUGUGUGACCCGAUCAGCAAAAGCGAAGCGAAUACGUUUCUAUCGAAAUGGUGAUCAGUAUUAUAAGGUAUGUCGCAUUGAUCUUGGCUGA